UGUCGCGCCUUUAUGACGUAGAACUUAAGCAACUCAGGGCAAGAUGGCGGCGUCCUUUAGGGCUGUGAUGCGAAAAGCACUUCAUUGCUCAGCUCCAAAUGUCAAGUCUGUGUGUAGAACCAGAGUUAAAAGUUCACUCUAUUCCGCAGAAGUGUCGAUAUGUCGAAGCUACGCCGGAGUUUCGGAAGGAAAAAGCGUCCAUUUUGGCUUCGAGACGGUGACAGAAGAGGAGAAAGCAGAAAGAGUGUAUAAAGUGUUUGAAAGUGUUGCUCAGAAGUAUGACGUGAUGAACGACGCCAUGAGUCUGGGCAUCCAUCGGCUGUGGAAGGACGCACUGCUGCGUGUGAUGAAUCCUCAGCCUGGGUUACGCCUGCUGGACACGGCCGGAGGCACCGGUGACAUCUCGUUCCGUUUCCUGAAUUACACACGUUCAGUGCGUGAGAGGCAGCUGCGUCAGAGAGCGCGGGUCAAUCAGACGCCUUCGUGGCAGGACAUCUCCAGCAGUUACGGCUCAGAGGGGGCGGAGCUUCCAGAAUCCCGAGCGGUGGUGUGUGACAUCAAUAAAGAAAUGCUGAAGGUGGGGAAAGAGCGGGCGGAGAACGCAGGAAUCACCACAGGGUUGUCGUGGGUAGUGGGUGACGCUGAGGAGCUUCCAUUUGACGAUGAUCAAUUUGACAUUUACACCAUCGCAUUCGGCAUCCGGAACGUCACUCACAUUGAGCAAGCUCUGCAAGAAGCUCUGCGUGUGCUUAAACCAGGCGGGCGCUUCAUGUGUCUAGAGUUCAGUAAAGUGUCCAACCCUCUCCUGUCCAGGCUCUAUGAUGCCUACAGUUUCCAGAUGAUUCCAGUUCUAGGCGAAGUGAUUGCAGGAGACUGGAAGUCGUAUCAGUAUCUGGUGGAGAGCAUCCGCAAGUUUCCAGAUCAGGAAACAUUUAAAGAAAUGAUCGAGGACACUGGUUUCUUCCGAGUGCAGUACACUAAUCUCAGCGGAGGAAUCGUCGCUCUUCAUUCAGGGUUCAAGCUUUGAUGGAUGUCUCAAACACACACACGGAUGGAGUAUGUGAUGCACACACACACACGGAGGAGAAGACGAGUUGAUGUUGUAUGAGAGAUAAACUCAUUGCACUCUGUGUGGAGAAGUUCUGCAGACGUAACGGACACAACGCUACGUAGCUGUAUGCAACCUCGUAAUACAGAAGCUCCACGGAAAUCAGGACGAUUCAUAAGUCAUGUUUAAAGGACUAAUUUGGCCAAAAAUGAAAUGUCUCUCAGAUGCAAUCAGUGUGAAUUUCGCUUCUUUAGUUUUCCACUGCCGUUAAUGUAGCUGAGUAAGGGACAUCUCUAGCUACCAAUUUAGCGUUGAGUUCUUAAGGUCUGAAAGACAAUUAAUUGCUUAAAAUACACACCAAACCUGUUGGAAUUUGCAUUAAAAUAUUUUUAACACAAA